UCUAUCAUGGUAAGAGCCGUGUCUGAUGCUGUCCCACAGUGCCAGCUAGAGCACUGAUGUCGGAGGGGGGGGAAAACUGUCAUCACUUAGAGGACAGGGAAGUACAUUUAAAACUAUUUUUUUCCUAGUUGAGCCUCUACAUUCAGAGGAACCAAGACACUCUGCAAUGUAAUGCUUUGUUUCCAGCGCUGUUUUCCUACCGUGUGCGUGCAGUCACCAAAACUUACCUCCGUGCGUACUGGAGACCAAAACCUGCAACUUCACUAAAAUGAUGUUUCCCCUUCGUUUUCUGUUUCCGGUUGUCGCGGUGGCGGUUUUAACAGCUUUUGAAGGUGCUGAGAUUCCAAGAGUGGCUAAAGACACUGGGACAUUCACCACUCCAUCUCCAGUUUAUCCCACCAUCAAGUUUCAGGUCCUCAAUGUGGACCACGUGUUUGUGAGACAGGACAGUCCACAGCCAUCUGGGAACUCUAGCCUGAAAGCUCAGACUCAGACUUUUCUCAUCACUGGACCUGGUGCUGGGCUUCUCCAGCCAUCUGUCAAUGCUUCAUUUGGCCCCCUGACUCUAGAUGCCUCUAUUCCUUUAGAUUUGCUCCUCAGUGGGCGCAAGAUACUGCCAGUCAUUUUGAGCCGCCAGGUUCGUUCCUCAUCCCCAGUAGUUAAGAUUCUUUUCCACAUGCCCACAGAAAGCAAUAUCACUGCUUGGCAAGAAACAAUGGGCUCUCUAGAAGAUAAUGGGAGGAAAAAUGAUGGAGCUAAGGCUAAGGAUGGAGCUCACUGUGUCACGGCUUAUGCCUUCUGGGAGACCAGAGAAGUUCGUGGGGCUUGUCUGGUGUCUCCUGGCGGCUUUUGUGUGGCACAGCUUAAGCCAGAACCCUCCUGGUUCAGCUCAGCCAGUAGAUCAGGAAGCUCUAGCAGGGAAGCAGAAAGCACUGAAGGCAUUAAGGGACUUCAGGGGAACCUUGUGGAAGUCUACUUCCAGAGUCGGCGGGACCAGACUGGCCAGUGCACCCCACAGGAUAGCCUGCAACGAGUAGGAGUGGGACGAGGCAGAGACACUGGUGGAUCAGGGACACCAAUGAGGAGGGUAGGAAGUGUCAGCCUGCUCAAAAGUCCACCAGGGAAUCCCACCUUUCUUCGGCUGAGGCUGGGAGGCGCUGUGGUGAUCCAGACUUCUUCAAAGCCCCUCAAGUCUGGUGAUGUCGCAACGUUCUAUGUCUUUCUUGCUAGUACGUCCACCUUGGAAAGUUUCACACUGAGGGCUGCAGUAAAGAUGGGCAUGUCAUUCAGUGCAGCUCGGCCCAGUGACUCAGCACUGUGGGACAUGGUGGUAGAGCCUGGCAGAGGAGCAGCUCCAAACACGGUGUCUGUUGUUUGCCGCAGGAAGGUUGCUGUCACUGCAAAGAGGGGCCUUUUGGAGGUUUUACAACUGGACUUUGUACCAAAAGCUGUUUCACAGCAGGUUGAAAGUCAGACCAUCUCCUGGCGUCUGGAGUUGCCAGGGAAUGUGAAGGAUGUGGGCGUAACGCGGAUCUACACCACCCAGAGAGAUUACGUGGGGCUGGCACCGCUGGUGAUGAACACAGAUAUGUUGAAUACUGCAGUACUGACAGGAAAAAGAGUUUCAGUCCCAGUGAAAACUCUCGCUGUUGAGGCCAGUGGUUCAGUCACUGACGUGACCGACUACACCAACUGUAGAUCUACAGAUGAGGAUGUGCUCAAGGUGUCAGAGCGCUGCAGCUAUGUAUAUCUAAAUGGGAAGGAAACCAGAGGGAAAAGUAGGAUAAUGCUCAACUUUACAUAUGGUUUUCUGAGUGCCCAGCUGGAGAUGAGUGUAUGGAUGCCCCGUCUGCCCUUGCGUAUUGAUGUGGCUGACCCUGAGCUUAGCCAGAUCAAAGGCUGGAGGGUUCCCGUUACUACUGGAAACAGGAGGUCUACAUGGGACAGUGAAGAAGAGGAGGAGAUGAGGAAAGGCAGGGGUUGCAUGCUACAGUAUCAGCACUCUACUGUAAGGGUGCUCACACCCUUUGUAGCCCAGCCUGACACUGAGGCACUGCCAGACCCGUUAACUGGGGAAAAAACAGUUGAAUACUUUCUGGGUUCUGAUUGGCAGAUAGAUGUCACCAACCUUGUACGCUAUUCUCUAAACAUAGCAGAUCCGGAUGUAGCUAGGGUGCAGGAUGGGGUGCUGCUGCAAGGAAGGGCUGUGGGCACUACCACUGUACAGGUGCUGUCCCCUCUGACGUCAGCGGUCCUGGCUGAGACGAGCAUCAGGGUGGUGGAUGAUAAAGUGAGUGUGACACAGCUCGGAGUGCAGUUGGUGUCUGGGCUCUCUCUGUCCCUGCAGCUCAGUCCAGGGAGCAACAGGGCUAUUGUUGCCACGGCAACCACUAAGGAGACGAUCGUGCAGCGCAAACAGGAAGCAUUGGUCAGCUGCUGGGUUUCUUUCAGCGAUGGGGCAGUUGCUCCACUGGACCUGUUUGACCGCAGUAUCUACUCUCUGACUGUUUCUACCCCAGAUGAGCGGGUGGCCACAAUACGCCGCACUCCACAGUCAGCAUUUGUAGUAGCAGAGGGUGAAGGUGAAGGCCAGGGGGCGCCAGUGAGAGUGGAGCUGAGGAUCUGUGAGGAAUGCCAAAAAUCUAAAAGGAAGAGCAAGCUGGCAGUGGGCUCGGGGCUUCUCAAGAUCAACUUACAGAGUAGUAGCAAAAGUGUAGCAAGAGAAGGGAAAGGAAGCACUGACAGAAGUAAGGAUUUAAAUGGCAGUGCAUCAAAAGUGAUGGGCAAAACAAGUACUGCUGCCACAGAGAUGGAUAAACAGCUCAACAGGGCCAACAUAUCUGAUCAGCAAGAGUCUAUUCUGGUAAAAACUACCACUCCAACGACAUUUUCAACUAGAAAUCCACAGGCCCAUCUUGUCUGGAUCGGAAAGGCAACCAAAGCGCCAAAAGGUUCCACCUAUACUGUUUCUACUGCAGCUUCACCUACAAGAAUAAAGGAAUUAAACUUAAAUACACAACUUAGCACUGCCAAACCCACAGCAACAGUGGGUGUUGUCCGUAAAGAGGAAGGGCCUGGGGUAAGUUAUGGAAACAUGCUUGACAACCCCGAUGCCUCUCCUGAGAAUGAUACUCCUAAGGUAGAAGUUAGACCCGAAAAAGAGCCUCCUAAAUCUAAAACUCCCAAAGUAAUUGAGAGUGACCUCAUUAGGACAUUCAAAGCUAUGACUGACAUGGAAAUUGGCAUGUAUGCCUUGGUGGGGGUCUCCUGUGUUGCCAUCUUGGCUUUUCUGCUCAAUUGUGCUUCUUAUAGUCUCUGUUUCAGGAAACAAAAGACCCCCAUACAGGCAGGCACAGCCCCCAGUGGAGACACAAAGGAUCACAAACACGACUGGGUUUGGCUUGGGAACAGCAAUCACAGUGCUCCUGCCUCAGGUGCCCCGGCUCAAGUGUCCACACUAAAACGUGAGCCUCAUUGCCCUCUGCAGUCCCGCCACUCGAUAGAUUCCAUGGGUCAUCGCAGCCUGGAAGGCAAUCUGCCUACAGUGAGCGCUGCGGCUGUCCCAGAAAGAACUGCAACCUUAGGACGAAGCAGGAACAGCUCUCAGCACCAGCAGUUUCAAGGAAAGGCAAUUGACCCCAUGGCAAAUCGUUCAGCUACCCUACUGGCGAGGCCACACCGCAGUGAACCUCUUCAUUCCCCCACCAGUAAGAGAAACCAGGUCCAGUUCACCACCUUCACCACGCUGGACAUCAAGCACUUGGCUGCGCUAAAGAAGAACAGUGUUGAGUUAGACUGGGCCAACCAGCAGAAGCAAAAGCAACAGCAGGCCCCCGCUGAACCUCAAACACCUUUGCCUGACAUGCCAUGGCCUGUAGUGAAACCUCUAGGAGAACCCCAGUGAGUUUGUUUAGAGAUACCUUGGGCUUCGGGCUUCUCCUGGGAGCCUGCUUCUACAAAUUGUAAAAAACGUGUAAUCUUGGUCUGUUCUCACAGUGCACAUAUUCAUUCGACUGUAAGAUUUUUCAUGUGUGAAUGAAAAUAAAAUGCCUUUUUUUCUCUGUGA